GUGUAUUCUUGCCCCGACGCCGAUGGCGAUCUCACCGAAGCGAGAGUAUCUCGAUGAAAACGCGGAGGCUGCAGCUCUUGUGCACCCCAAACUCGUCUCCUCUCUCGUAAACCCUGCUAAUACAGUGUUGGACUACAGUAAUUCGUACCUCGGCGACGACAAGUUCGGGGAGAUCAUCGAGAAGGCCCGACGCGCGAGCGUCCCGACACGAUUAGAUCUACGCGGCAAUUGCUUUGAAGCUGGGGCAGCACGAGCACUUGCGACACUGUUGCGUUCUUCACACAACGUGGUCGCCAUCAGUUUGGAAUGGAACAAUGUCGGUCUGCUGGAUCAAGGCGUGGAAGCUCUCGCUGGGGCGCUGGAAGUGGAUAACCGGUUGCUAAUACUCGACUUGCGUAACAAUAACAUUGGACCGGAGGGUGCCAAAGCACUCGCAAAAGCUCUCCGAGUCAAUCGUACGCUGCGUCAAUUGGACUUGCGUUGGAAUGAGAUUGGGAAUCCUGGUGUGUUGGCAUUUCGGGAAGCGUUGCAGAGCAAUUACGCGCUUGUGACACUGGAGCUUAUGGGCAACAAUAGCAGCUUGAAGCAUGUGGACGAGAUCGAGGUAUUACUGGCUAGGAAUCGUGCCUUCACGGAGAGACCACCGCCUCUGGCAGUCGACGUAUCUUGCCAAAAUGGCGGGGCGAACAAAGAGAGCCCGAAAGCUGCUCCGGAUGACCAGCUACUACUCCAAGUCCUUGCGGAGAAGGAGGAGCUGGAGACAGCGGUGAGUCUAGGCAAGCGAGAACGACAGAAAAUGAUAGAGAAAACCGAAGAGCUUGAGCUACAGCUGCAACAAGUUCGCAAAGAUACUGAGAUGGCAAAAGAAGAGCGAGAUCGCUAUCAACAACGUGAGAUCGACGCAAAGCGUGAUGCCCAUGAGCUGAGGAUGCAGCUGGACGAACUUGAGAAUCGGCGAAAGCUCGAGUUUGAAGAAUACCGGUCAGCACGAACAGCACUCGAGCGCGAGAAUGCAGUCAUCCGAGAUAAGAUGGGGCACAUGGAGGCCCUGCGCUCCAAGGAAGCAGAGCAGAAAGACAAGCAGAUUUCUCAGCUUGAAGAGGUCAAAUAUACACUAGAUAACGAGAUGCAUCGUACGUCCCUCACGAUAAGAGCACAAGAGGAAGAAAUAGGGAAGCUACAUAAACAGCUUCAAGAUACUCAACAAGAAUACAGCCGCAAAGAAGCGAAGCUGGUGUCGGACCACGAAGGCAAAUUGAGCGCGGCUCAACGGCAGCAUGAUAUGGUUACUGGAUCCAUACAGACGCAGCUCAGCUACACUUCAGCACAACUUGAAGCGAGUGAGCGGAGUGUUCGAGAGCUCAAGGAUAAGUGCGAAGCCUUGCAAGCCAAGAUGCUGCAGUCUCAGAUUGAUCACGAGAAGUCAAUUGGUGACUUGAAGCAGCACUGGGAAGCAGAGAUGCAGGAACGAAUCCAGCGCUCUGUCGGAUCGGUCGAAGCUCAAGUAGCGGAGGUGAAGAAGGCUCGGCAACAGCUUGAGCGAGAGGUGGAAAAACACCUCGAAACCAUCAUCCAACUGCGUCAGGACAAUAUAUCACUACUGCAGGCGAAGGAUGAACAGCAGCGUGAGAUGGAGACGGCGAUGGAGACGCAGGCCAAGACACUGCAGGAGGAGCAGACGCUGCUGGCUGCAGCGGUGAGUGAACGAUCUCGCAUCGAGGAGAAGCUGCGACUCCAGCUGCGCAAGAUGGAGGAGCAGGACGCCCGACUUGUGCAGAUGCAGGCAAACUUCGACGAACGGAUCCAGAUUCUGACUUCUAGCGCAAAGAUCGCGGCCGAGGAGAGCGCCGCUAUCAUGAAGGAGAAGGCAGCGUUGAUCGCAUCUCUAGAGGGUCAAGUGCUGCGAUUGGAGCGGGAGCUAUCAGCGUUGAACCACGAGCACGAGAAGCGCAUUGACAACUUGGCGGAAUCCUUUGGCCGAUUUGUACAGGAGCAAAUGGGUAAGGAGCGAGAACGCCGCAAAAAAACGUCGGCGGCGCCGAGUUCCGACGUCUAGUGAGUGUAGUAGACAGCGACCUGGAUGAGGCCCUGACUACCUGUCUUAGGGCGUGGUCCACUGGUUGUGGACGCUGUGCAGCCGCAGCUGCAACGAUCGAAGUCAUGCGCAUCAUUUCAAAGAAGUUCUCGUCCAAGGCGGAAACGUUGACAAAAUGAAGAGUGGACAUUGAGUUGACAUUGAAGUGAUCACCAACCAGUGGAAUUGGCCGAAAAUCGAAUUUUUGUCGCACCAUCUGUCACUGGGCGCGAUCUUUCGCCGCGCUUUGGAUUUCAAAUAUUGACCCC